AUGGCGACAACGAAGGAAUUGACAGCCAAGUCUGUGACGGAGGAGGUUCAGCCGGUGGUUUCGGAUGGAGAUCAAAAGGACGAGUCGAACGAUGGAAGGAGACCUCCGCCAUUGGCCGCGAAGCUAUUCGCCGUCGUUUUGAUUUCGUGCAUCAGUUUUGGGUCGCAUUGGAGUUCUGGCGUGACUGGUGCUAUGAAGAGCACAAUUAAAAAGGACAUGCACAUUAACAAUGUCCAAUUUUCACUUCUCGAAGCUAGCGAGGAUUUCAUGGCUACGAUUCUUCUUUUGCCUAGUGGUAUCAUUACUGAUCGUGUUGGCGGAGCUGAGAUGAUCGUAUACGGCAAUAUCGUGUACACGCUUGGCUCAAUCCUGGUUGCUGCUGCGACGACCGUCCGUUCGUUCAACUUCAUGAUUGGUGGUCGAGUCAUUCUCGCUUUCGGUGAUAUCGCAACUCAGGUCGCGCAGUACAAAAUGUUCUCGUCAUGGUUUGCGCCGAGUAAUGGAUUUGCGUCCACGCUUGGAUUUGAAUUGGCAAUUGGCAAGAUUGGAGGGUUCGUUGGCAAGUCAACUGCGAACAUUAUUGCAAAGAACACUGGAAACUUUGCUUGGGUCUUCUGGACAGCAGUGUUCAUGAAUCUCUUCACCAAUGCCGCCUCGGCUGUGUUCUGGUUCUUCAACAAAUACUGCAACAAGCAUUAUAAAGGACGACGAGACAAUGCAACCAACGAGGUAUUGACGGAGAAGAACAAGAAAUUCGAAUUUGAGAAGAUCUUCCAGCUCCCAUGGAUGUUCUGGGCUGUUUUAGGUUUCUCGUUGUUCGAGACAAGCGCUGCUUUAACAUUUAGCCAGAACGCAACAGAACUGGCGGAACAGCGAUUUGCUGUCGAUUCUGUCAAGGCUGGCUGGUACAGCUCUUUAUCACAAUAUGCCGGAUUUUUCCUCGUGCCAUGUCUGGGUGUUUUUAUCGACAUCCUCGGUCAGCGGGCAUCUGUCUUGUUCACGUGUGGCUUGGGUAUGCUGAUUAGCAUGGUUCUGCUCAAUUUCGCGACCUCGACAGCAGGCACUGGAGCGUCAUUCGGAAUCUACGCCAUUGCGCUAUCCCUUGGCCCGACCUCCGUCAUCGAUAGCAUCCGUACAACACUCUGGCAUCAGUCCGUCUUCGGUUCGGCAUAUUCGCUGAAGGUGACGAUGAAUAAUGCCAUGGGUAUUAUCGUCCGCAUCAUCACCGGAGCCCUGCAAGAUGCCGAUGACAAUUCCUAUCGACGUGUCAUCCAGGUGUAUCUGUUUCUCGUGGCGGCGUCGUUGGUCGUGGGCAGUGCAAUCCUAAUCGGGUCCUAUACAUCGGAAUAUCUCGCACCGUUGCAGUGGACUCGGAAGAAGCGAUUAAGUUCUGGCGCGGAGAUUAUUGCAGCAAACAAAGAGCGCAGCCUGGUGACUCAUGCUCAACGUACCCGGUACAUCUCGGUUGGUUGCUUUAGUGCAAUGCUGGUUUUGACCGUGGGAGGAUGGGUGGCGUAUAUCUGGGGCGCCGUGACGGGUCAUAAUUCGUAA